UUGAGUGCAGAAUAAUAAAAAUAGAUGGAACCCCAGUCGAUAGAGAUGCCUGGAUACAAUUUCCAGUCCCCGUGCCGAAUCGAAUCAUCUGACAACCACUGAUUCCAUAUUUAGUAUAGAGCGUUAAACUGCGAGAGGAUGGAUACGAAUCAAUUAACGGAACCGAUGCGAUUUGUUCCUGUAUUUGCAUUCCGAAAAUGCAGUAAAUGUCCCUUUUUUCCUGAUUCUUUUUAUUAUGCGAUAAAGCAUUGGUUGGGACGUAAAUAUAUAUGGUUGAAUGGCUAUGGUUUACUGGCCAGGUCGAGAGCUGGUCUGUAUCACGAUUUUUCUACGUUACCGUGGAUUUUGAAACGAGGGGACGUCCGCCGUUACUACGUUGGGACCUGGGUUCACUUUUGGGGUCCGUGGAUUCCAUUGCAACUUAGUAUUAUUAGAAGAUGGAUCGGACGAUCUUGGAUUGAAAAAUGUCGGCAUGGGAUGACAACAAGAGAAAGUAGAGAGAGAAAAGAAAGAAGGAAGAAAUUAGACACAAAUGCGGAAUCUAUUAUCAUGAAUGAGCCGAUGUUCUCGGGUUUCCUUUUAGGAAUUUUUUUUCCAAUGACGAUUGCAAUGCCUAAACAGAUGAUCAUAUUAUUUUUUCUGGUAUGUUAGAUAAGAUGCGAAGCUGGAUCCUCCCGGUAUAAUGUUCAAUCAUCCUCCGGUUGUUUUAGCUGUGGACUAGGAACCCUACAAGACAAGCAUCUAGCAUGAACUCGGCGUUUACCCAAGAAUGGGUCAGCACUGUCACCCCAAAAUUGAUCCGUUAGAAUAUCUUGGAUGACUGUUGCUUCCCCAACAACACCUACUGAACAAUUUCGUCCCGUCUCUUCCAGCAAUGCGCAUCAGAUCUUUUACACCGCCCGGAUGGAAUUUCAUGUACGGCGUAAUGUUAUAAAUCUUUCCCUGAAUGACGGUCCAAGCAUCGUCUAGGGUUUUGUGUUGCUUUACGUCGUCUAAAGUAUAUCGGCCCAACUGAGAUACGCCCUGGGUACAUGGUGCAUUCCUGAUUAGUACCGAAGCAGAAUGUGAGAAGAAAUGGAUUG